UAUGAGUACCGUCACUGUCCCGACAUGCGACAGACAAAGUUUGGUGCUGUUGCAACCACAUAGAUUACAGAAAAAUUUAGCUCGGAUCGACUUACAGUGCAGAAUGUGAUAAACGUGCAAAAGGCAGAAGAGCAUUGCAUGGUGCAAGGAGGUCAGAGUAUGUGUGAGCUCAUUUUCACCUCUGACCUCUUCACGGUCCAAUACAUUUGUGGUUUUAGCGUGUGUGCAUUACAUUAUGAACUGUGUUACAUUAAAGGUGAUGUGUUUGCGUUCUCACGUGUGUCUUUCUACAGGAUGUGAUGUAGGCCCUUCGUACACGUGAGCUCAUUUUCACCUCUGACCUCCGCACAAGGCAAUACAUUAAAGGUGAUGCGUUUGCAUCCUCGCAUGUGUCUUUCUACGGGAUCUGCUGUAGGCCCCUUAAAUUGUGUAUGUGCCCGGUCGCUCCGAUAUUUGUAUAUGUCACACAUAGGGAAAUGGGAAUGGUCGAUACGUAAAGUUCUGUGUUUGUACAUGUCUCGUAUGUCAAAAAGAUACCAAUUUUGAGACCGACUGGGAUGACGUAAUGCGUAUUGUAUGCGUGGUAGACAAAUCACCCACAGUGAUUAUUCAAUUCCACUUUAUUCGUUCAUAAUAUCUUUUUAUUGAGUGUAUUUAGUGUGCACUUGAUUCAUUUUGCAGCCAUUAGCUGCAAUAGUCCACUAACAGCAAGGACAUUGCGCUUAGUCCACAAACGUCGGAGGUGAGUAGUCCACGAACAGCAAGGAAAUCGCGCGUGGUCCACAAACGUCGGAGGUGCUGUAAAAAGACACAGAUGAGAAUGCAAACACGUGCUCUGUAAUGUAUUGUAGUGUAGAAUGUAGCGAAGGUUUGCAAAAGGCCAAAAAAGAUUGCAUUGUGCAGAGGUCACAGGUCAAACUGAGCUCAAAUGGAUACAAGGCCUUCCUCAGAGGCUGUAAAAAGACACAAGUGAGAAUGCAAAAACAUAUGCAUUCAUGUCUUGUAAUAUAGAAUGUGAUGAUCAGGUGCAAAAGGUAACAAUAAUGCACGGCAGUGUGCGGUGUGUGCGCUGCGAGUGGUCAAAGUAAGCUCAUAUACAUACAGGGUAUACACCGGAGGCUGAAACGUUCCCAUUCUACAGAACAAAGUAAUCAAACUAUGUGAAAUGAGUGUAACCCAAGCGUUUUGUUCAUGCAGGGAAUUAAUACGAUGCUCGAUGCAUAAUGUAUCUGUAUAAGUAUCCAACAAUGUCAUUUAUUGUAGGCAUUUUAUGUCGUUUUUUUGUGUUUGAAUACACUUCCUUUGAAGCUCAGGUGUGAGUGUCUAGAGAGCAAGAUGUUUGUAAAUAAACUGCCUCUUGCAGCCAUCUUAGUUUUCAGUCAAACCACGUGGUUUUAUCCAGCUAAGAAAGCAUGCCGCACGUGAGUGAAACUUUGCUUUCUUUUAAAAGUAAUUUUCUAUGAAACGUCUCUUAAAUCAGCAGUAAUAUGUAGCCCAGUGUGCAAUGCAAUGUAUGUGUGUCUUUUCCAUUUGCUCAACACGCUCUUCACUUUAUUACACAUGCUCGGGUCCGCAGAGCUUAACGGGUUAAAGACACAUGCAACGUUAAAGAGUUCGUUAACUCUAACUAUCGUAUGGGGUAUCAUUUGAAAGCUUAGAGUCCCUAGUUUCUGGAGAAGUGCACCAUUUUGGCAUUUGACGUACAGAAAAAAACUUAUUUAGGCUGAAAUUCAUCAUAUCCCCGUGUCAUAGCCCCUCUAAAAUCAUCUACGUUUAUGAUUAUGAACACUUUUCGUGGCGCUCAAGAAUGUCCGAUAAGGCGAUGUUAUAUUUUCCACAUCUAGCUUCUUCGUACGUAUGUUUUUGGGAGAUAUUACGCGUGUCUGUCCGUGACAUAUGUUACAGGUCUGCGCUUCCGUGGUUUGUGUGAGGACGCACCGGGAGCUGUCUUAUGUGUCUUUCGCAUAUACUCGUCACGCUCUGCGCUGUAUGACAUUAAAGAGUACGCGUUUGCAUUCUAACCUGUGACUUCAACAGCAUCCGAAGAAGGCCCUUUGUGUGUAUGAGCUCAGUUUGACCUGCGACCUCUGUUCAAUGCGAUGUAUUUGCGUCUUUUGCAUCUGCUCAUCACAUUCUGCAUCGUGUCAUAUGAAAGGUGAUGCGUUUUCAUCCUCAAAUGUGGAUCCUUUCUACAGUUUCUGCUGCGGGCCCUACAUACACGUGAGCUCACGUUCACCUCUGACCUUUGCACGAGGCAAUCUAUUUGUGGUUUUAGCACGUGCGCGUUACAUUCUGUACCGUGUUACGUGAAAGGUGAUGUGUUUGCAUCCUCACUUGUGUUUUUCUACAGCAUGUGAUGUUGGCCUCGGCCUCAUUUUCACCUUUGACCUCUGCGCAAUCCAACACGUUUGUGGUUUUUGCGCGUAUUUAUCACAUUCUGCGCGGUGUUACACGAAACGGGAUGCGUUUUUGUCCGCACUUGUGUCUUUGUACAGCGUCUGGUGUAGGCCCAAACCCCAUUUUGACCUCUGACCAUUAAAGAGCACGAGCUUGCUUUCUCACGCGCACGUUUUCACAGCGUCUCGUUUAGGCCCUGCGUGUCAUUUUACGUUUUCUUUUACACAUUUGGCAGACGCUUUUAUCCAAAGCAACUUACGUUGCAUCGCAUGGUAUUACACAUUUGUUUCUGCCACGCUCUAAACACCGAGCCACAGGAAAGCUAGGUGAUAAUAUGAGACUUUGUGUUUUUGUUUUCCCAGGUUCCACGGUCCGAAUGCCCCCUAUGCCACAGGGACAUCACUAAUUUUAAACAGCACCUGAGGGUGUUCCACGGCAUCCUGAACCUGCGAGAGCGCCAACUGUGGCAGAAGUUGGCAAGGGGCAGGGUCGUCCUCGGAGGACAGACCUGCCCCUUGUGUCAUUAUUUUUACAAACAAUUUGAGAAACACCUGAACGCAGGCCAUCGAGACAUCUCUGUAAGUCAUUGAUAAAACACAUGUGAUUGCUUCCUUUUGCUUAGUUUUCUGCACGCUUAGAUGUCACUCUGUCUUUUUCAGUCACAUGAGAAGAAAAAAAUAAUUAAAAAAAUGGAGAGAGAGGUCACCGUGCGGAAGUUGCGAGAGCUGGAGGCCAGCAACCCUGCCAUCCCCACGGUGACCCUGACGGAUGAGCCGCAGGGCAAUUCAGGAAACCCCAUCGCUCCUGAGACCCUUACCCCCAGCUUCAACGCCCACCCUUCUUCCCCGGCUGUGCCUGCCACCCCUUCCUUCAGCCCCUCUCUUACUCCUGAACCCGCACGUCCCAGCAUCAGCCCUCCUGGCAGUGCCCUCCCUGCCAUGCCAGCCAGCCCUUCCUUUAAGCCUUCCCCCCCACCCAUCUUCCCUCCCUCUCCUGACGCUACAGUCCACGGAGGAGGCUUCUUCAGUCUCCUCCUAUUUAGCGAGGAGGAACUGGAUAUGCUGGAGAACCUGGACAUUCCCACCAUCAGCCAUCAGGAGGAAGAGGCCAUCCGUGAUGCGAUGAGUAGGUGUUCAAUUGUGUUUUCGAUGCUUCUACGGUGGAAAAAAGUCAGCAAUUUAACGAACUCUUCCUUUUUCUUUCUGACGGCACAGACUGUCACAACAUCAUGGAUCUCGGGUUCAGCAUCUUGAUGGAUUUGUAGUUCUUUUGUCAGUUCUGUGUUGUUGGUUAUUAUUGUUUUCUUUUGUGUAUGUUUAAUGUACAUUACGAAUUGCAUCUUUACGAAGGUUCUGUGUAAAUAGUUUUUAAAUAUUCUACUUGAUUUUUUUCUUAAAUAUUAUACACGAAUACUUUUAAAAUGAUUGUAUAUAGUUUAAAUAGUCUACUUUAUUUUUUUCGCAUGUCGUUUUUAAAUAUUUGCCAUGAAUUUUGUAUUUAAUAUUUUUUGAAUGUUCUACAUAUGUUUAUAUUAAGAAUAAAAUUGGAUAUACUCGAUGCAUUUUGUAUUUUGUAUGACUGCACACCUAUUGGUUAAGUAAUACUUAUAA